AUACAAGUUUCACUUUGGUUCAGUGCGUGUAGAUGCGUAAAUAGUUGGUGCCAAGUGUAGAGAAAAGUCGAUUUGUUCUGUAUGAUCUAGAGGCUUUCAAUACAAAAGCAGAAGCCCACGUCCAAAAUGGUUAGCUCGGGAUCACGCCUUCCCUUGUCGAUGCUCUUGCAGACAAAAGAGGCAACGGAGGAGGAACCUCGAAAAGCAUCGCGGGAAGAUUGGCGCAAAGCCAAGGAGCUCGAGGAAGCGCGUAAGGCGGGUAAUGCUCCGGCCGCAGUUGACGAGGAGGGACGCGAUAUCAACCCGCACAUUCCGCAGUACAUAUCGUCGGCACCAUGGUACUACAACACAGCAGGUCCGACGCUGAAACAUCAGCGCCCCCAGGAUGACGAAAAGCAGCGCUCCGGCAUCGACGAGUGGUACAAGCGGGGCGUCGACACUUCCAAACCCCUGGUGACCAAGUAUCGGAAAGGGGCGUGCGAAAACUGUGGCGCCAUGACGCACAAACGCGUCGACUGUAUGGAGCGACCGCGCAAAGUGGGGGCCAAAUUUUCAGCCAAACAGAUAGCGCACGACGAGUUCCUCCAGCCCACGAUCGUGAGCGACUACGAUGGCAAGCGCGACCGUUGGGCCGGUUACGAUCCAGCCAACCAUCGGGAGAUUGUGGAAGAGUAUCUGAAAAUCGAGCAGGCGAAACGCGAACUGCGCGCCCAAAAGUUGAAGGAAAACCCGGACCUUGCGGAGGAACAGGACGAGGAGGGCGACGAGGACCGAUACGUGGAUGAGGUGGACAUGCCUGGCACGAAGGUGGAUUCCAAGCAGCGCAUCACCGUGAGAAAUUUACGCAUUCGCGAGGAUACGGCAAAGUAUCUCCGCAAUCUUGAUCCCAAUUCGGCCUACUACGAUCCAAAGACGCGCUCUAUGCGCGACAAUCCUACGCCGCAGCUCAACCCGGAGGAGACCGAGUUUGCGGGAGAAAACUUUGUCCGCUACUCGGGUGACAUUCAGAAGCACGCCCAGGCGCAACUGUUUGCGUGGGAAGCGUACGGCAAGGGUGUGGAUGUGCAUGUGCUGGCCGAGCCGACGAAGCUGGAGUUGCUGCAAAAGGAGUACGAGAAGAAAAAGUCACAGUUCAAGGAUGAGGUGAAAAACAAAGUGCUGGAGCAGUAUGGCGGGGAAGAGCAUUUGGCCGUGCCGCCCAAAGCGCUGUUGCUGGCGCAGACGGAAAACUAUGUGGAGUACUCGCGGUACGGCAAAAUUAUCAAGGGACAGGAUAAGCCCAUCAUUCGGUCACGGUACGAAGAAGACGUGUACAUUAACAAUCACACCACCGUGUGGGGUUCGUAUUGGAGCAACGGUUGCUGGGGUUACAAGUGUUGCGAAUCGAUGAUCAAAAACUCAUACUGCGUGGGAGAGAAUGGCAAAGCUGCUACGACUAAGCCAACCAAUGAGGUCGCCAACCCGUCCGAAACGGUUGUCGAAAACGACGCACCUAAAAUGUGCCCAGAAAAUCAAGCUAAUCCACCACCUGCUGCUGCUGCUGCUUCUGCUGCUGCGGUUGCUGUAGCGGAUGCAUUGCAAACUAUUGACAAACAGCAGAGCCAACAAACAGCACGCGUUGCUUCGCAGCCGGAAGGAACAACACCAGUAGGCGGCGACAACAACAGCAGUCACAGCAGCAACAGCGACAGCGAUUCCGAAUCCGAAGGCACUGCUAAGCGCGGUCGCAAAGAAUCGAAGAAAUCGAAAAAGAAGCGCAAGAAGGAAAAAAAGCGUCAGCAACGGCGGGAAGAGAAAAACUCGCGCCAAAAGUCCGAGGGCAAGGCAGAGAAAGAUAAGCUACAGCUUGCGCUGGAAGCGGAAGAGCAAAGCCAGCGGCGGGCUGCCGAAUUAUUACGCCAGGACGAAAGGAAACGUCCGUACAACAGUAUGUACGACGUGAAAGCCCCAACUGAGGAGGAAAUUGAAGCCUACAUGAUGAAGCGACGCCGGGAGGAAGAUCCAAUGCUGGCGUUCAUGGACAAGUGAGCAACGAAUCGGCAAUAUGCAUUAGAAUGGGCGUGAGUAUCGCGUAAUAUAAUUUGAAGCUUUAGUUUUACGGACAAACGCGCAGAUUCAAACUUUAUGCAAAUAA